CACGGCUGCGGCCGCUGCGGGCGCAGGAAGGGCUGGCACCUGGCCGGCACCACCUGUGUCCUUGUGUCCUUUCCCUUUGUCUUCAGCCCCUGCCUGGCUUGCGGGGAGAGCACUCCACAGUGGGCAGCCUUCAUCUACUACCUCCCCUUCAUCGUCAUCUUCCAGUUUGGCUGGGCGGCCACGCAGGUGUCCCACCUGGCCCUCAUCCCCGAGCUGGUGAGCAGUGACCAUGGGAAGGUGGAGCUCACGGCUUUCAGGUAUGCCUUCACCGUCAUGGCCAACAUCACUGUGUAUGGCCUGACCUGGCUCCUGCUGAACUUCCAGACGGACCAGCCUGACCACAUGGAGCACCUGGGCCCACAGGACAUCCCUGUGUUUCGGAACUUGGCCCUCAUCGUGGUGGGGCUCGGGGCCGUGUUCUCCCUUAUCUUCCACCUGGGCACCAAGGAGAAGCCGUACCUACCAGGGGUGCUGCCUGAGCCAGAGGAGAGCACCCCGCUGCUGCACAAGGAGCCCUCGGGCCCCCCACGUCCACUGCUGCUCUGGAAGGACUGGCUGCUGGAGCCCUCCUUCUACCAGGUUGCAGUGCUCUACAUGGCCACCCGCCUCAUCGUCAACCUGUCCCAGACCUACAUCGCCAUGUACCUGACCAACUCACUGCUGCUCUCCAAGAAGUACAUUGCCACCAUUCCCCUAGUGAUGUAUGUCAGUGGGUUCCUCUCCUCAUUCCUUAUGAAGCCUGUGAACAAAUGGAUUGGUCGGAACCUGACUUACUUUGUGGGCAUCCUGGUGGUCCUGGCCUUUGCCUCGUGGGUGACCCUGGCCAGGCCAAUAGGAGAUGAGAUCUACGGGCUGGCAGUGCUGCUCGGGGCUGGCUCAGCCACCAUCCUGGUCACCUCCCUGUCUAUGACUGCAGAUCUCAUCGGCACUAACACGCACAGCAGCGCAUUUGUCUACGGUGCCAUGAGCUUCACGGACAAGAUGGCCAAUGGCCUGGCUGUGAUGGUGAUCCAGAACCUGCACCCCUGCCCGACUGAGCUGUGCUGCCCUGCCUGUGUCGACUUCUACCGCUGGGUGAUGGUGCUGGUCACUGGCGGCAUUGCCAUUGCUGCUGUCACCGUGCUGUGCUGCAUCAUGGUGUGGCCCAUCCGGAUCCGCUACCGUGCUGUCAGCCUGCAGGGGCUGAGCAGUGCUAGGACCCCUGAAAGUGGCACUGGGAGCGCUGAGGGAGAGAGCCAGAGCAGCACCAUCAACUGAGCGGGCCUGUGUCCC